AACGACAAAUGCUGGCGGACCAUUGUUCAUCCCCCAGGGCCCCAGCUCGGACACUUUCAGCACAGCGGCAUGGCAAGCAAGGGCCAAGGGGCCUGGCGGGAGAGGGAGCGGCCGAUAGGGCUGGUGUGGUCAAAGCUUCCAGCUGCAUGCACCUCCAAUCAGAUCAAUCAGAUCCCGGCCUUCAGAUCCAGCCCCCAGCGGCGCCAUCAGCGGCCCCCCAGGCAACCGCCCAGCGGACAGCGUUGGCGCCGGCAGGCAAUUCAUCUCGCAACUGCACGUCACAUUUCGAGACCAAUUGACCAAACAUCACGACCAAACAGCACCUCAAGCCGCGACUGAUCAACCAUUAAACCAAACAACAGACAGAUCUACACACGUCAUCAUGUCCGUAACACUCCACACAACCCUCGGCGAUCUCAAGAUCGAGAUCUUUUGCGAAAGCGUCCCCAAAACAGCAGAAAACUUCCUAGCCCUCUGCGCCUCCGGCUACUACAACGCCUCCCCCUUCCACCGCAUGAUCCCCUCCUUCAUGGUGCAAACCGGCGCUCCCGCCAACCCAUCCCCGCCCGAGAACCCCAAGGGCGGACGAUCCAUUUACGGCCCGACCUUCGAAGACGAGAUCCGGCCGGCGCUGCGACACAACGAGCGGGGGAUCGUCAGCAUGGCCAACAAGGGGCCCAACACGAACGGAUCCCAGUUUUUCGUCCUGUUCGACAAAGCCCCUCAUCUGGAUGGGCUGAACACGGUUUUCGGGAAGCUGAUUGGGGACGAGAGCUUGCAGACGCUGGCCAAGUUGGAGGGACUGGAAGUGGAUAAGAAGAACCGGAUUAAGGAUAACGUAAAAAUUGAGGGGGUUACGGUGCAUGCUAAUCCGUUGGCUAAGUGAGGGGUGGGUGGAAAUGCAAUUGAAAAUGGACAUGGAGAUGGGUAUAAAGACACGCCGGCCAGUCGACUUGCUUACAACAACUUUUCGAGACUGAGGGGAGGCCGGGUUCGGGCCGGAUUCGAGAAGCAAUCGAGUACCGACAUACCACACGACGUGCCGCCGCUGCUGCUGGGCGCUUACAGGAGCGAAGGGGAACGGGAAGGAAAUCAAGCGGACAACCACCGAGUGACCGACCGGGAAUCCACGGGCGAGAAACCCUUACGCAAUCACGCACCA